ACCUUUUUGGUUCUCGCCAAACUCCAGAAGAAACUCUUCGCCUUCACAAAAGAGCAAUUAACAAAGCCGUUAGAGAAAUUGAACGUGAAAAAACGAGAAUGGACAGGCAAGAACAAAACGUUCUUAUAGAUAUAAAAAAAGCAGCAAAACUUGGACAGCUGGAUAUUGUAAAAAUUCAAGCCAAGGAACUCGUCAGAACUCGCGGUCACAUCAAGAAAUUUUUAAUGAUGAAAACACAACUUCAGUCUGUACAAAGAAAUCUACAGUCCAUGCAAUCUACUCAAGCCAUGACUAAUGCGUUACUGGGUUGUUCCAAAGCGAUGGCAAGAAUGAAUAGAACCAUGAACUUACCGCGCAUGCAAAAUAUUAUGAUGAAGUUUGAAAAAGAAUCUGAAAUAAUGAAUAUGAAAAACGAACUCAUGAAUGAUACGGUUGACGAUGUUCUCGAAGAUCCCGAUCAGGAGCUCGAAACCGAAGAAGUCGUUAGUAAAGUGCUCGACGAAUUAGGGUUGACCCUCGAAGGAGAGCUCAUUAAAGCCCCUGAGACGAUUCCUAAUGCGGAAGAAAAGGAAACGGCCGGUUCGUUUACAGAUUUGCAGGCUCGUUUGAAUGCUUUGCGGAACGGCUGA